AUGGCAGCUGGUUCUUAUGGAGACAAGACCCUGCAAAACACACCUACAUGGGCUGUGGCGGCAGUUUGUGCAGUGUUUGUGAUCAUAUCUGUUCUAAUAGAUCAUUCCAUUCAUUCGUUAGGAAAGUGGUUCCAAAAACGUCAAAAGAAGGCCAUGAGUGAAGCUUUGGAGAAGAUUAAAGCUGAGCUAAUGCUACUAGGCUUCAUAUCCUUGCUGCUUACUGUGGGUACAAGAGCUAUCUUGAAGAUAUGCAUCCCUGAAAAAUAUGAAAAAAUUAUGCUCCCCUGCAAAAAUGCUUACGGCCUGGACAAGUAUGAAGAUAAAAAGGGAGAUAAUAAGAGGAAGCUACUUUCAUUUGCCGGAAAUGUAGCAAUACACCGAGUUUUGGCAGCAGCUGGUGGUGAUGGCGGCGACUAUUGCUCCAAGGGUAAAGUGUCUUUGAUUUCGCAAACAGGAGUGCACCAAUUGCACAUAUUUCUAUUUGUUCUUGCCAUUUUUCAUGUUCUGUACAGUGUCAUUACUAUGGCGCUAGGGCAAGCAAAAAUGAAGAAAUGGAAGGCUUGGGAAUUAGAGACUUCGUCCCUAGAGUACCAAUUUACAAACGACUCAGCAAGAUUUAGACUGGUUCACCAGACCUCCUUUGUGAAGCGUCACUCUGGCAUCGCCACAGCACCGGGGAUCAAAUGGGUUGUUGCAUUAUUUAGGCAAUUCACUGGUUCAGUAACAAAGGUGGAUUACAUGGCUAUUAGACAUGGGUUUAUAAACGCACAUUUUGCUCCAAAUAGCAAAUUUGAUUUCCACAAGUACAUCAAAAGAUGCAUGGAAGAUGAGUUUAAGGUGGUUGUGGGCGUAAGCAUGCCACUAUGGAUUUUUGCCAUACUCUUUUUGCUGCUAAAUGUCUACAAAUGGUACACAUUCACCUGGUUGGCAGUUGUGCCUCUUGUUAUACUUCUCUUGGUGGGCGCUAAACUUGAACUUGUUAUCAUGGAAAUGGCUCAAGAAGCCCAGGACAGAAGUCAUGUUGUUAGAGGAGCUCCAUUGGUUGAGCCUAAUAACAAAUAUUUCUGGUUUAAUCGACCCCAUUGGAUUCUCCUCUUAAUACAUUACACUCUUUUCCAGAACGCAUUUGAAAUGGCAUUUUUCUUGUGGACAUGGUAUGAAUUCGGGAUCAAAUCUUGUUUCCACGAAAACUUGGCACUGAUUUUGACAAGGGUUUUCCUCGGAUUGAUCCUUCAGUUCGUGUGUAGCUAUAUAACCUUCCCUCUCUAUUCAUUGGUGACACAGAUGGGUUCUCACAUGAAGAAAGGAAUAUUUGAGGAACAAACAGCAAAAGCACUUAGAAAAUGGCAAAUGGCAGCAAAGCUAAGAAAUAGAUCAAGAAAAACAGGAGGUGAUCAAGUUGGUGGUUCUAGUCUAGGGUUCAUGAGCUCUGAAAUGACACCAAGCCAAGGUGCCUCACCUGUACAUUUGCUUCACAAGUACAGGCCAAGUCAACCGGAUGUUGAAAGUGUCAUUAGUUCGGCAUUGUCUUACACAUCGGAUACUGACCUCUCGGAGCUCGAUGGCUCCACUCAUGAUAAGCACGAGUCAAGAAAGCAAGACCAUCAAGAGCCAAUAAACUCGUGA